AUGACGCAGAGACCCCCACCGUCGUCACAGAUGACGCAGAGACCCCCACCUCCGUCACAGAUGACGCAGAGACCCCCACCGUCGUCACAGAUGACGCAGAGACCCCCACCUCCGUCACAGAUGACGCAGAGACCCCCACCGUCGUCACAGAUGACGCAGAGACCCCCACCUCCGUCACAGAUGACGCAGAGAUCCCCACCGUCGUCACAGAUGACGCAGAGACCCCCACCUCCGUCACAGAUGAUGCAGAGACCCCCACCUCCGUCACAAAUGACGCAGAGAUCCCCACCGUCGUCACAGAUGACGCAGAGACCCCCACCUCCGUCACAGAUGACGCAGAGACCCCCACCGUCGUCACAGAUGACGCAGAGACCCCCACUGACGUCACAGAGACCCCCCACCGUCGUCACAGAUGAUGCAGAGACCCCCACCUCCGUCACAGAUGACGCAGAGACCCCCACUGACGUCACAGAUGACGCAGAGACCCCCACCGUCGUCACAGAUGACGCAGAGACCCCCACCUCCGUCACAGAUGACGCAGAGACCCCCACCGUCGUCACAGAUGACGCAGAGACCCCCACUGACGUCACAGAGACCCCCCACCGUCGUCACAGAUGA